CAAAGAUAGGCUCCCAGCAAAGACAGGGAUCCAAUAUCCUGCCUCGGCCAUGCCGCUACCAUCCUUCGGACUUGAUGAUGAAGCGGCCGAAGCAACUGAGGCUGAGCCCAUAUCACCGCUGGCCAUUGAUGAGGCACUGAUAGAUGAUGACGAGUUGCUCCCCGGAAGUGCACUCGAGGAUGACGUGGAGGGCCAAGUCGAAUGCUUCUUGGAAACCUUACCUGUGGUCGAGGCCCACAAGGUUGUUAACAGCCUUUUGGAGAGUGCUUCGUCCAAGGGUGUUGAGGAGACGGAGGAGGAGCAGAGCGAUCGCAUCGAGGAGUCGUGCGAGUUCUUGCUCCGGCUCUUGGAGUUUUGCCCUUCAGCAGAGAAGAGGCAAGCUGUGCUAGAGACCUGGCUGCGAAACAAUCCCCACGACAAGCGUGGCAAGAAAACAUUCUCCCCUGCAACUUCAACAGACUUCUUGGAGCUUCGUCGGAUACAGAGACUGAACUCCAAUGUGAUGACUCCAGCAGUCUCAAUGCGUGCUGAGGAAAAGUCGGGGAAGCCGAAGUGCUUUGGUCGCGGUGAGCCAGGAGAUCACCUUUACACUGUCUAUGAGUUCGCUCCAGUGCAAGAGGCCUUUCGAUCUCACGACCAGCAAUGCCCUGGAAGCAUUGAUGCGAAGUGCUUGGCCAAGGUGCUAAGAGUCGGAGGUCUCACAGAUGAUGAGAUUGCGAAACUGCUUCAGGGGGCCGGUGUCUCCACUGACCAGCUGGUGGAUUACGAGGCUUUUCUUCAAUGGAUGUUCAAAUCUUGAAGGUGCGAGUUGGAGAAAGAACUUGGUGAAACCAGUUUCUGACCGUGGAGGGAGUGUGCACCCCUCAAGGGGAUGCAUGCGGGACUGGGUUUGUCCUAUGCCGUUUCAGGUGUAUUGUUUUAGGUGAAUGGAAGUGGCCUUCGAGAAUGGAUUGUGUUUUUUUGAUUUGAUCAAACCCAGUUGUCGACAGGCUCUAGCUGCUUCUGCCAAAGACUUCAACACUCU